AUGGAUAACAAUCAAAAAUCAAGCCCCCCAAAUCUCCAAAUAUUACCCCCUCCUCCUCCAAUUCCAUCAUUAACUUCCCUCAUUUCUUCAUUUCCCUCAACUCCACGUUCACCAUCAACUAAUAAUUCUAAUAUUCAAACACCAACCUCUAGCACAAAUUAUUAUUUUACUUCAUUAGUUUCUCCAAUACAUCAACGUUUUAUUGGUUUUGAAAGAAAAGUAAAAAACUGGCGAUUAUUUCGACAUAUUUCAACAACAAAAAGCAGUCAACGGUCAACUUCUUGUGAUCCAUCAGAAAAACAAUUAAAGCCUAAAGAAGGAUUAAAUAAAAAUUGUCAAAAAAAUAAAAAUUCUGGAAGUCUUACUUGCCCAAUUUCAAGAAAACAUUUGUACAUGAAUCUUUCUGGCCCUUCACGUCCUCGUCCAACAUUGGAUGCUGUCUCGACUUCUAGUGAUAAAAGUAUUAGUCCAGAAGAGGUUCAAAGUCGCUUUAAAAUAAUUGAGGAAAAUUCGGGAACUUUAAAUUUUGGUAAUAAAAUAUUUACUGGAGUUAAAUAUGAGGAUUUGGAACGUCAAGAUCAGAGUUCUCUUGGUGAAGGUACAAGUGGAAGCGUCAGCAAAUAUAAAUUUAAAAGUAGAGCAAUUGCUGUUAAGCAUAUGAAGCGGACAGAUUCUUUCGAUGAUUCCAAAAGAAUAUUUAUGGAUUUGGAAGUAAUAUCAAAAUGUGGGGAUUGCCCUUUUAUUGUAAAAUAUUUUGGAUAUAUUCUAACUUUUGAUUACCUAUAUAUUUGUAUGGAAGUUAUGUCUACUUGCCUUGACAAACUUUUAACUAGUAGACAAAAAUCUCGUCCACCUGAUCAAGUUGGUCUUCCAGAAGGAAUUAUUUCUCAAAUUGCUUUGAGUGUUGUUCGUGCUCUUGAUUAUUUGAAGGAAAAACAUAAAAUUAUGCAUCGGGAUAUCAAACCUUCUAAUAUUUUGAUGGAUUAUUAUGCAAUUACAAAAAUUGGUUGUAUGGGUUAUUUAUCACCUGAGAGAAUUUAUUCUGAUGAUCCUCAUUAUGAUGUUCGUGCUGAUGUUUGGUCUCUUGGAAUUACUCUUGUCGAACUUGCCACUGGAAAAUUUCCUUAUGAAAAUAGAGAAGCUUUUAAACUUAUGAUUGAAAUAAAAGAAAAAAAUGCGCCUCGUUUAACUCCAGAAAAAGAUGGACUUUCACCUGAAUUUUGUGGGUUUAUUGCUGAUUGUCUUCAAAAGGAUAUGGAAAUGAGACCAAAAUUUCGUGAAUUAUUGGAGCGCCCAUUACUUCAAAAUGCAGCCACAACAAACUCAGAUGUUAAGCUUUGGGUUGAAAACCCGACAGAAUAUGCUAGACUUUAUGGGAGGAAUUAAAGUUAUUUCUUGUUUUUUAAAUUCUUUUUUAGAUUUUAUUUAUUAAUUUUUAAGAAGAAAAAGAAAUAUUAAUUUAAAAUUCUUAUUUCUAAUAUUUUUAAAGAUUUUUAAAUUUUUAUUUUAAUAAAUUUAAAAUCGGAAACUAACUUGCCUCUUUAAAAUUUAAUUAACAAAUUUGCAAUAUAAACUAUUAGUUGAUAUUUUUUCCAAGGCAUUUUGGACUUUCCGAUUUACUACUUUCAAUUUCCAAAAUUUAGGCUGAUUUCCGGCACCUCCGACAUUUCCGAUCGACCCAUGAUGAUUAUUUUUUUUGUUUAUUUUAAGAUACACGCGGCCUAAAGAGGCUAAAUUUUCUUCUAAACUAUUCCUUGUCUGAUUUAAUAUUUUUUGAAAAGCAAUCAG